CAUCCGGCUCUCUGAUACACGCCUCUGGUCUGCAACCAUGCCGCAGCGCACCAUCAAGCUCACCGUGCGCGUCGUCGCUCGCGCCGAGCAGCCCUCUCCCGAUCUCGCCGAGAGCAGCAGCGCGACGCAGCGUGCUCUCGCGCCGGCGAUUGAGCCCGCCCGCAGCGACGGAGCGCGAGCAUCGGAAAGCUCCAUUCGCUCGGUCCAGGUCUUCACUCUCGAGCCUGGCGAGGAGCUCGAGUUCGCCGUCGAGGAGCUCGCCAGCGCCGGCGCGCAGCAUGACGGCGCCUCCGACGGCGCAGAGCAGCAUGCAGCAUCUAGCAAGGCAGAGCACGUCGUCUGGCGCUCCGAUGGCGAAGCUGCGCGUCACCAUGCGCACUUCGCCUCCUUCUCGCACUACCAUGCUCGCGGCAACACCCACGAGUCGGGCGGCAGCGUCCACACGACGGACUUCGACGACACGUCUGAGGCCGCAUGCCUGCAGAGCCUUCUCGCGGGCCCAAGUCGCUCGCAUACCACGUCUGCUGCGCAUCAGACCGCAAUCGCCACCUCAAGCUCGCAUCGCAACCGAGCGCCCGAGCACAGCCGUGCUUCUAGCGAUCUCUCGUGGCAAGAGCUCGUCUCCGAGAUGUCCGCAGUCGCGCUCGCAGAGGGCAUCGAGGGCCCGACUCCGCUUUGGCAAGUCAACGGCGGACCAGCAGUAGCACGAGCACCACGCAUCGCAUACCGCAGCCGCACACAGCUCCGCGCGAACGCUUCGAGCGCGGCUGGUGGUCGGUGACGAAGAUGCUGCGCGAGGCGGGCGUGGAUCAGAUGUACGCCGAGCAGCUGGAGAACAAUCGACUUGACAGGUACCUCGACUUGCGCGAGCGUGGCUUUCCGGGCGGAUAUCGACACUGCACCAUCAGCGCGUACCUCGAUGACAUCGACGCCGUCAAUGCGCUCAUCUAGCGCCCUGCCGAUCUCGUGCGGCAUCAUCCACGUCAGGCUCCCUUCCUCGGCAUCACUCUCCCGACUCCUCAGCAAGUCUUUCUGAUCCUCGUCUUCCCUCGUCUCGCACCGUACUGCCAGCCUCCACGAUCGACUCCCUUCUGCGGCACAGUGAAG